AAAAAAAAAAACAAAACAAACACGCUUUCUUAAUCAGUCUGCGACCACCGCCAUCACCUCUUUCAAAUUCUCAACUUCUCAUCUCAUCCCCCCCUUCCUAGAUUUCUAUCUUCAACUCAUAUCACUCUCUUCCCCACCGGAGAAUCUCUCCGAUCUUUCACUCUUCAGUCUCCGUUAUAUUCUUCUGUUACCGGUCUCUGCAGUAUGGCGGAAAGUGGAAUUGAAAUAGAGAAAAUAGAGAUGUUGGAUCCAGAGUCAGAGUUCCUGGCGUCGAAUAGGGAGUCAGGGAACGAGUGGGAGCUGUUCAAGGAGAACGUGCGGCCACUGAAGAGAGGCCGCAAAGUUGAAAUCUUAAACGACGCUCUCAAAGCUCAAACUGACAACCAACUCAAGAAGUCCCUCUUUGAACAACGAAGGCGGUUGAUUCAAGCAAUUGACGAGUAUGAAGGAGAUGACCCUCUGCAGCCGUGGCUCGAGUGUAUCAAGUGGGUUCAGGAAGCAUUCCCCCCUGGUGGGGAUUUCUCGGGACUGGUUGUGAUAUAUGAGCAAUGUGUGCGUACAUUUUGGCAUUCAGACCGCUACAAGGAUGAUCUUCGUUAUCUCAAAGUCUGGUUGGAAUAUGCUGAAAAUUGUGCGGAUGCUGAAGUCAUAUUCAGUUUUCUAGAUGCAAAUGAAAUUGGAAAGACACAUUCUCAGUAUUACAUAUCUUAUGCUUUGUUGAUGGAAUCCAAGAACAAAGUGAAAGCUGCCAAUGAAAUAUUAAAUCUUGGGAUAUCAAGGAAUGCUCAGCCCACAGAAAAAUUGAAUGAUGCAUUUAGGAAAUUUCUUGCACGCUCAAUGAGAAGACCACCAAAAGCUCCAGAGGAGGAUUCAGCUGAGAAACGCUUACCCACCCGAAGCUUUGGAACUGUCCUUGCCAAGGGAGAGAAUCGUCUGCAGACAAGUGAGAGCUCUGGUUUGUUGAAAAAGAACGUGAAGCUAGAUAGGGGUCGUGUUCCACUUAGCAUUUAUAAAGAAGACUCAGAUUCCCUUGACCAAUCAGAAGUGUCAAAGAAAGACGUGAAUUCUUGGCACACCCUUGGACCUAGAGCAGAGAGAAAUAAAGAAAAUAGUGCAAUCCCUUCCAAGUGGACAUCAUAUAAGGUUCGUCAAAGACCUGUGCCUAGAAUUGGAGGAGCAGCUGCUACUAGUGCCUGCAUUGAGAUUUUUGUUGAUGAAGAAUGUGAAGAAACACAUAGAAUGAAUGCCGAGGGUGCCAAAUCUUCAACCUUGCAGCCUAGACAGGGUGAAGAGCAAGAGCUCAAGAAGGAAACAGAGUUGUUGAGACAGCAACCAUUACGCAAUUUCCCUCUAAAUAGUCUUCCCAGAUGAUGAUAAUUGCAGAAGUUCUAUGCUUGUCGCUGUGGAUCAACUCUAUAUCUCUAAAGUCUGAUCCAGGUUUAUCAAAUGUUCAUGUUGGAUUUGUUUAGUUUCACAUGAAUUUCUCAAGGUUGAGAAAUUCUUGGCAAACACCCAUUGGAUAAGAAAAUGAUGCAACUGAAUUAUAUUGCUGGUGUGGUUAAUGGACUUCGGUUUUUCUGA